AAUAUGAUCACAGAUAUGAAUCUGACUCUUGCGCUGUCGUGCAUGAUUGCGGUUAUGUGGUUGUUUUGUGGACGAUGUAAAGCAGCUCCCGGAUUAACCACUGGUGUCCAUCGCAACUUAAGAAAUCAUCCACAUAUUCGCGGAUACGCCGUGGAAGGUCUCGUAAAGGAUUUUGUGGAGGAUCUUGUCGGUGAAGACGAAGAUAUUUUACAACUUAGCAAGCGCCAGCAACUGGAUGACUAUGGUCAUAUGAGAUUCGGCAAGCGAACUAAUAGCAACGAUGAAGAGUACGGGCACCCGCGAUUCGGCAGAAAUAUUGAAUAAAACAUCUUUACGUCAAAUUUCUCUACAUCGUAGAUCGUGAUCGUUUACAUUCGUGCUAGAUGUAGAUAGAAUAUAUUUUACAUUGCAGAUAUUA